AUGGCGGACAUAUCAGCGAGCUCGUUGAAGCGGCCGCAUCCCGGCGAUGAAGAAAACAAUACUAAACGAACUCGAUCUCAGCAAGGGUCGCCGGCACCCCCCAGCAGCAAUGGCGCACCUCCUAGAGUCGAUAUUCAGAAGGCUAUCGCAGAGGCGAGGGCAAAAGCAGAAGCUGUUCGAGCUAGACUUCAAGCACAAACAGGAGCAAGUCUAGCUCCGAUGUCCAUGUCUCCUUCUCCUUCUCCCGCGCCGCCUGCGGCGAGUGCGUCCCUCUCCAGACUAGAACAGAUGAAGGCCAGAGUUGCGGCAGCUACAGGGAGGGCAAAUGCCGCUGCGCAGCAGAAGACACAAGCUCCACCAUCGUUUGUACCCCCGCCUAUGGACGAAGGGAUGUCUAGAGCCCGGGGCGGUCUUGAUGUCGGUUUGCAUCCUGCCCUUCUUGGAGAUGCAGGGUUAGAUGGGCGCUCCGCCAAAAACAAACAGGCCCUGCAGUCUAAGUUUGCUACUACAAUGGAAAAUCGCCGAACAGAAUCCCCGGUGCCCUCAUUUAAAGCUAGGGGGAAACGACUCGAUCUCUCUGGUCCCUCAAUUGAAGAAACUAGGAACAAUCCCUACUUUGACCCUAAGCUUGGAGCGAAAACGGCCUUGGCUCGUCCUCGGUAUUCUCGGCAGCUUGUUUUCAAUCAGAAAGGGAAAUAUAUUCAGCAGGCUGCUGCUUUACGACGGCAGGCCCAGCUAGAGGCUAUGAAGAAACGGAUCGCUGAACGCGCCCGCCAGGCUGGUAUAGAUGAAGAUCUGGAUGUCGAAAAGGCAUUUCUGGUCCCGGCCCCUCCUGCAAUUGAGUGGUGGGAUGAGGGUCUUGUCAAUGGAAGUGACUAUACUGCUCUUGACGACCCUAACAAUUAUAAAAUAGAUUCUCCUGACUCGGUCGUUACCAUCUACAUACAACAUCCUGUCCUUUUGGAGCCUCCUCAAGACAAGAAUAUCCCACCGCCCAAGCCGAUGUAUCUUACACCCAAAGAACAAGCCAAAAUCCGACGCCAAAGACGAAUGGCUGAUCUUAAAGAACAACAAGCCAAAAUCAGAUUGGGGUUGGAGCCAGCUCCUCCACCAAAAGUUAAGAAAUCUAAUUUGAUGCGUGUUCUUGGAGAAGAGGCAGUUAAAGACCCCACAGCUGUCGAAGCUCGUGUCAAUCGGGAGAUAGCUGAGCGCGCAGAAAAGCACAUAGCGGAUAAUGAAGCCCGCAAGCUAACAAAAGAAGAACGACACGAAAAGCUAGCGAAACAGCAAGAAAAAGAUGCCUUGAAGGGCAUACAUAUGACCGUCUACCGUGUGGAUAGCCUUGCCAAUGGUCGGAAUCGUUUCAAGAUCAGCCGAAACGCAGAGCAGCAUGCGCUCUCUGGCAUCUGCGUUAUGAAUCCGAAAUUCAAUCUCGUGAUCGUUGAAGGUGGAUCCCAUUCCAUCAAUGCUUUCAAAAAACUUAUGCUCAACCGCAUUGAUUGGACUGAAAAUGCAGGACCGAAUGCGGUCAGAGAUGGAAAUCGAGAGGCGUUAGCGUCAUGGCUAGCGGCAGAAGAUGAGAAAACCGGUGAACUGAAGGACUUAAGUCUAAACACAUGUACCCUGGUCUGGGAAGGAGAAGUGAAGACGAGGGCUUUUCGUAAGUGGCUUGGCGCUAGGGUCUGUGAGUCCGAUGCCGCAGCUAAAGAUGCGCUGUCACGAGCUAAGAUGGAGAAUUUCUGGACAUUGGCUAAAAGCAUGAAGUCCAACUUGACAUAA